ACAGACAAUCAGACUGAGUUCAGACCAAACUAGCAGCUUCCUCUGAGUGAGUCCAGCUACAGGAGACAAAAGUGGAAAACUCCAACACUGCUGCUUCAAGCUGCUGACGCUCCACACACUGAAUCUUCACUCACAGACUCAAUGGCUUCCAGAUCAGAGGAGGAUCUCUGCUGUCUGUUAUGUCAGCAGGUCUUCAGAGAUCCUGUUAUUCUGUCAUGUAGUCACAGCUUCUGUGAAGACUGUCUGAAGACAUGGUGGGAAAAGAGAACAACACACGAGUGUCCAGUUUGUAAGGAAAUAUCAGUUUAUGAUCCACCUUUAAACCGAGCUUUGAAGAACCUGUGUGAGUUGUUCUUACAGGAGAGAGAUCAGAGAGCUUCAGAGGCUCUCUGCAGUCUGCACUCUGAGAAACUCAAACUCUUCUGUCUGGACCAUCAGCAGCCAGUGUGUCUCGUCUGCAGAGACUCAGAAAAACACACCAAUCACAGAUUCAGACCCAUCGAUGAAGUUGCACAACAACACAAGAAAGAACUUCAUCAAACUCUGGAGCCCUUAAAGAAGAAGUUAAAGGUUUGUGAAGAAGUUCAAGCGAAGUUUGAUCAAACAGCAGAACACAUUAAGGUCCAGGCCCGACACACAGAGAGGCAGAUUAAGGAGCAGUUUAAGAAGCUUCACCAGUUUCUAGCAGAGGAAGAGGAGGCCAGGCUGGCUGCACUGAGGGAGGAAGAGGAGCAGAAGAGUGGGAUGAUGAAGGAGAAGAUGGAGGCUCUGAGCAGAGAGAUAGCACCUCUUUCAGACACAGUCAGAGCCACAGAGGAGGAGCUGAGAGCUGAAGAUGUCUCAUUCCUGCACAACUUCAAGGCUGCAGUGGAAAGAGUCCAGCGCUGCCCCCUGCUGGAUGAUCCACAGCUGCCCUCAGGAGCUCUGAUAGACCAGGCCAAACACCUGGGCAACCUGACCUUCAACAUCUGGAACAUAAUGAAGGACAUGGUCUCCUACACCCCUCUCAUUCUGGACCCAAACACUGCUCACCCAGAACUCUUCCUGUCUGAAGAUCUGACCAGUGUGAGAUAUGGAGAAGAGAGGCAGCAGCUUCCUGAUAAUCCAGAGAGGUUUGAUUAUUACAUUUCUGUCCUGGGCUCUGAGGGCUUUAAGUCAGGGACUCACAGCUGGGAUGUCGAGGUUGGAAAUAAUACAAGCUGGAUGCUUGGUGUGGUAGAAGAGUCUAUUCGGAGGAAGGGAAACACAGAGUUUGGAUUUUGGGGUGUAAUGUUCAGUUUAGGUAAAUACUCAACACGAUCACCAUCAGCAGGAUUCUAUAAUCUCUCAGUAAAGAAGAAGCUCCAGAGGAUCAGAGUGAAUCUGGACUGGAACAGAGGAAAGCUGUCGUUCUCUGAUCCUGAUACUAACACACACAUACACACCUUCACACACACUUUCUUUCACAGGAUGUUUCCAUUUAUUCAAACUGGGGAUGAUGUCAAGGUGUUGCCGGUGACGAUGACGGUGUCAGUGUCAGCGUUAGUGGAGCAGGUCAGUUCAGGAUGGUUUUUUUUCUAAUGUGCUUUCCUGUCAGUGCUGCAUGUAACCAAAACCCCAAAUAUUUCAAAGAUAUUCUUGUUUAGCUUUUUGUCCUUUUUAACAUUGUGCUCUAAAGCUUCUGUGACUAUAGCUUAUUCAGUUCAAAAUUUUAAGUUUAUUUGUAAUGUAUGACAGCAGUAAGCUACAGCACAAAUGGUGGUAUAAAAUCUGUUUUGGAUUGUUUGUUAUUUUAUAUGGGUACAUGCUGUAUUAAUUAUUUUUCUGUUCUUUUUGAGUUCCCUGGCCUCCGCUCCAAUCUUUCUCGAUUUGAGUGAAAGAGGAGGUUGAGGGUGGAGCUGGUUUAAAAGCAGAAGCCAAUAAAAUGGACUGAACCAUGUGUUGCGAUCACACAGGGGGGAAUGGCGUUCUUCUUAAACACACACACACACACACACACACACACACACACACACACACACACACACACACACUUGUUUAAUAGAUUACUUCUCUGUGUUCUUGGCUUAUUGGUCCCUAAUAGUGCUGUCCACCUUUUCACAUGGAAAUCAUUUCACUGUUUCUCACUGAAUGACUCCCCAAACUAGAUUUGAAAUUCUAUCAAGUUUCUAAUCAUUACAAGUGAUUCAUGUUUCUAUUUGAUGUUUGUAAAUGGAGAUGAUUUAGUUUGCUGGGAUAUGGACUGACAUGUGUUGAAUGGGAGGAGCAGUUUGUUGUUGUCUUCAUGUCUGUUUAUGACAACAAUAAAUAUAUUGUUGAAACAAUGAUUCAUGUUUAACUCCAUAUAUGAAAUGUUUCUGAUAUUUGAAUUCUGUUUGAUUAAAG